UGGUGACCGUUCCCAGGGUGGCGGCUGGAGGUGAGAGAGGGAGAGAGAGGUGGGGACGGGGAUUUACACUUACCGCUGUGGGUGACAGAGGGUCGGGUCUCGGCCUUUUCCCGGUGACCGAGGCGGAUCCGUUCCCGCUUGGAGUAGAACUUGUGAGCCGAUGAAACAGAAUUGGCAAUGCCAAUAGCAAGCAGCCUGAUACCAUCCCGGUUUCUGACACUUGUGGCUCAUUUAAUCAUUGUCAUCAACAUCUUCUGGUCCAGGGAGAACAAUGUCCUGGCUUGUCUCCCUCCAAGCUACACCGCUCGCCAGUAUCAAAGCCGUGACACAGAAUUAAUUGUGGCAUUAUCGGUGACUCUGGGCAUGUUUCUAAUUGAGCUGCUGGGUUUCUUCUCUGGAGUCUCCAUGUUCAACAACACCCAGAACCUCAUUUCUAUUGGAACACAUGCCAGUGCCUCAGUCGCUCUCCUCUUUUUCCUCUUUGAGCAGUGGUCGUGCAGUACAUAUUGGUGGAUAUUCGCUUUCUGCAGUACUCUUCCAGCAUGUAUUGAAAUUGUCCUUAUGGUCGCAGUGUUUGGGAUGAAGAAGAAGCCAUUGUGAGCGUGCUGAAAACCCACAUUAAAAAACUGGAAUCAGCCACUGAAGUAACAAGAAUAUUGGAACACCUGAUCCAAUGCAAUGGAUCCGCGCUCAGGACUGUACAGACGAUAUCAGCAACAGUUGUAGAACUUUAACACCAGGCUACAUUACAGAGCAUGUAUAUCACAGUCUGCAUUAUAGAACCUUUAUAUCCCCCUCUUCAUUAUAAAAAGUAUCCACCUCAUGUUCCAUUUUAGAUCUUGUACAUCAUAUGCACCAUUAUAGAAUCUGCAUCACAUGCUUCAUUAUUGAACAUGUUUUUCAGCUUCUCCAUUUCAGUACAUAAAUAUCACAGCCUACAUUAUGGAACUGUAUACUGGCACUUAUAUCACAGUUUACAUUCUAGAGUAUAUAUAUAUACUAACAUCUCUUGUCGAACAUGUAUUAUCAGUCUUCAUUAUAGAAAGUGUACAUUGCCAUCUUCACUAUAGACUAUAUGUCCAACUCACUGAUCACAGUAUGGAAUAACUAAGGAGAAGCCAGGCCCUUUGCUACUCAGAUUGUCACCUGCUUCCACAGAUGCUGCAGCACAUGCAAACAGAAGUUCUGUAGGAGUGUGAUAAACUCUCCAGUAAAUCAAAAAUUAGCAACAGAUCCAACUACUUCCCUGUUGGAUGUUGGAAUGACUCAAUGCGGUACUGAGCUAUCAGGGGAGUAAAUGGUACAUCUGCCCCUACCACAGUACUGAAAUAGCUCUUAUCAAAGUCACAAAUUAUAUUAAGUGACAGUUACAAAAGUAAACUUCUUCACCCAUCUUGAUCUGUCAGCAGCCUUGACAUGGUUGACCACACCAUCCUCCUCCACUGUCAUACAGCUGGGUGGGACUGCUCUCAUGUGGUCCCAUUCAAAUCUAAUUGCAGCCAGAGAAUCAAUUUCAAUGGCUUAUCUUCCUAAUCCUGAACCGUUAUCUCUGGUGUCCCCCAAAGAUCUACACUUGGGGGCCCCCUCCAAUAUCUUGUCCUUGGCGACAUCAUCCAAAGGCACAGUGUUAGUUUUCACAUGUAUCCUGACAAUACCCAGCUAUACUUCACCACCACAUCCCUUGACUUGCUUAUCCGAUAUCUAGUACUGGAUGAGGAGAAAUUCCCUCCAAUUAAAUAUUGGGCAUAUUGUUUUCGGUAUCCACUCCAAACCCUGUUCCCUAGCUACUAACUGCAUCCCUCUCUCUGGUUGUGAUUAAGCCUUGGUUUGACAUUUGAUCUCAAGAUGAAGUUUUGAUCGGAUAAUCAUUCCAUCACAAAGACUGCCUAUUUCUACCUGCAUUACAUCUCCAGACUUCACCCCUGUCUCAGCUCAUGCGCGCUGAAACUGUCACUCAUGCUUUUGAUCCCUCUAAACUCAACUAUUUCAAUCUGAUCCUGUCUGAUCUCCCACAUUCUAUCACAGAUGUGUUAGGGAGAAGGAGGCCAUUCGGCCCAUCGUCUCUGCAUUGGCACUCUUAGCAUUAUGACUCAGUGCCAUUCUCCUGCCUUUUCCCUGUAACA